AUGGCGGAUUCGAGGGCUCCAUUAGCGGAUGCUGACGUGGAUAUGGUAGACAAUGUCCAAGCGGAUCAGCCAAACCUUCAGGGCGACGCGGACGUGGCCCUAUCCAACGGUCACGAUCCCGAGAUUGUGAAAUCCGAGGAGGAUAAGAAGGCGUACCGCAUGGUGACGCUCCCGAAUGGGUUAAUUACCCUGUUAAUUUACGACCCUGAGAUUGCCGCGUCAGGGGAUGACGAUGAGGAUGAUGAUGAGGAGGAGGAUGAGGAGGAUGAGAUAGAGAGUGAGGAGAGCGAUGAGGAGAUGAGUGUUGCUGAGGCUGAGGGAAGCGGAGAUGGGACAAAAAGCAGCGGAAAGGGGAAGGGGGGGAAGGGGGAAAAGGGGGGUAAGGGUGGGAAGUCCAAGGGACGAAAAGGUGCUAGUAAAGGAGGGAAGGGAGGUGACGAUAACGAGGGUGAGGAUAGCGAUUGGGAGACAGCGAGUGAGGAGGAGGAAGGGGAGGCGGAGGACGCAGGAACUGGCGGAACAGAGGAGAAAAAGGCAAAGGUGGUCGGAGGAAAGGGGGAUGGUCAGGGUAAGGAAGGCGAGUCGGGGGCAGCAGGGGGUGAGACGACCGGGGAGGGGAAGGUGGGGGGAAAGCGGAAGAAAGUGGGGGGGAUUAAACUGGGUGGUGGUGGGUUGGGGCGGAAGGGGAAGGCUGGGGAAAAGAGUGCAGGGAAGGGGGCGGUGGGAGGAGGGGCGGAAGAGGGGGAAGAGGGUAGUGAGGAGGAGAUGGAGAGUGGAGAGGAGGAGGAGGAAUAUGAGGGUGAUGAUGAGGAAGACGAGGAUGAUUCUGAUGGGGAUGAUGAUGAGGAGGAUGAUGACGAUGAUGAUGACGAUCAACCAGGAGCAGCAAAAAAGCUGGCGGCGGCUGCCAUGUGCGUGGGUGUGGGAAGCUUCUUGGAUCCUCCCGAUGCUCUUGGCCUCGCGCAUUUCCUUGAGCACAUGCUCUUCAUGGGCAGCGUCAAGUUCCCUGACGAGAACGAGUACGACUCGUUUCUGAGGCGGCACGGUGGCGGCUCGAAUGCGUUCACAGAAACAGAGUUCACGUGCUACCACUUUGACGUGGCACACAAGUACCUGCACCCUGCUCUCGACAGGUUUGCGCAGUUCUUUGUGGCGCCGCUGGUGAAGGCAGAUGCCAUGGAGAGAGAGGUGCAGGCUGUGGACUCGGAGUUCAACAUAAGUCUGCAGAGCGAUGUGUGUCGGGUGCAGCAGCUGCAGUGCUCCACGUGCGUGCAGCCAGACCACCCCUUCCGCAAGUUCUCCUGGGGCAACCGCAAGAGCCUCAUAGACGACCCCGCCAAGCUUGGAGUGGACAUGAGAGAGAGGCUGCUGCAGCUCUACUCACGGUUUUAUACAGCCGGGGCGAUGAGGCUGGUUGUGGUUGGGGGCGAGCCCUUGGACACACUCGAGUCGUGGGUGAGGCAGCUCUUCUCGCCCAUCCCCCCAGACGGCAGCGGCAUUCACCCGCUGCUGCACCAGCUGCCCCCGCCUGCCACCUUCUCUCCACCCUCCCAGGACUCCGAGAUGCUGGGUCCUGGUGCUGCUGGGUUGGAGCAGGAGGAGGGGGGGGCAGGGGAAGUGGUGGGAGGUGGUAAUGGUAGCAGUGCUGCUGCUGCUGCUGCUGCUGCUGGUGAUGGUGAUGGUGCUGCUGGUGCUGAUGGUGGUGGUGCUGUGGCUGCUACAGCUAGGACGAAGGGACCGCUGGCGGCGGUGUUGGCAGGGAGCAGAGCAGCAUCUGAGGCGGGGCGGCUGUAUGAAGUGGCGAGUGUGAAGGAGCAGCAGCAGGUGUCGCUCAUGUGGACACUGCCGUGCCUGCAUGCAGAGUAUGCCAGCAAACCCCAUGACUACCUCUCACACCUCAUUGGCCACGCAGGUGUCGCUCAUGUGGUCACGCCGUGCCUGCAUGCCGAGUAUGCCAGCAAACCCCACGACUACCUCUCGCACCUCAUCGGGCACGGUGAGACUCGUAGCGGGAGUGGGAGGUGGCAUGAGGGUAUUCAUCAGACACAGCAGGUGGCAGCAGCAGGUGUUGUUGAUGUGGACACUGCCGUGCCUGCAUGCCGAGUCAAGGCAGGAGGGGGGGUAGGACAUGGGAGGGGAGGGCAUGGGAAGGGGGGCAGAUCUCUGCUGCAUGCCGAGUAUGCCAGCAAACCCCAUGACUACCUCUCGCACCUCAUUGGCCACGGUGAGGGUGACACCCUUGAGGCACGGCUCCUGAAAAGUGCCGUGCCUCCCUUCAUCGUCACCCUCUUCCGUCCCUCCCACAUCGCCCUCUCUUCCCCUUCCACAGAGGGCAGUGGCAGUCUGCUAUCGCUGCUCAAGGCCAAGGGGUGGGCGACGGAGCUGGCUCUUCUUCCUCCAUCCCUCCUUCAUCACCCUCUUUUGUUCCUCCCUCAUUCACACUCUUCCCCUUCCACAGAGAGCAGUGGCAGUCUGCUAUCGCUGCUCAAGGCCAAGGGGUGGGCGACGGAGCUGGCAGCGGGGGUGGGGGAGAGCGGGUAUGAGAAGAGCUCCCUCGCUUUUGUCUUCACCGUUACAAUCACACUCUCUGACGAUGGCCUCAAGCACGCGCUAGACGUUGUAGGAACGGUGUUCCAGUACAUCACCAUGCUGCGCCUGGCCCCGCCCCAGCGGUGGGUGUUUGAGGAGCUGCAGGCCAUCGCAGCCAUGGACCUGCGAUUCGCCGAGGAGGAUUCUCCUGAUGAAUACGCCGUCAGGCUCGCGGGCAACAUGUUCUACUACCCCAAGCGGCAUGUGAUAGCAGGGGACUACAUUCAUGACAAGUGGGACCCUGACCGCAUCGCUUACCUGCUCUCGCUGCUCUCGCCACACUCCGUGCGCCUGGACCUGCUCACUCACUCCUUCGACCACACCAGAGAAGGUAUUCUCAAGGAGCCGUGGUUCGAUGUGCCCUACACCACAACCCUGCUCUCCCCGGCUCUCCUGGACCAAUGGGCGAGCGACACGUGGCUCAGCCCCGACCUGCGCAUGCCUCCCCCCAACGAGUUUAUCCCCACCGACUUCUCCCUCCGCCCCUCCUCCACUGCUGCCGCCUCUGCUACCACCACCACCACCACCACUGCCACCACCGCCACCGCCAGCACCACCAUGGCUGCUGCCACCAACAGCAGUGAUCCCCUCAACGGGACCACUCCCAGUGCUGUCAGUGCGCCUAGUGCACCCAGUGUGCCGCGGGUGGUGAGGGAGGAGGCGGGGCGGUGCAAGGUGUGGUUCAAGCAGGACGACGUGUUCCGCUCGCCGCGCCUCAACGCCCACUUCGCCCUCUCCUCCCCUCACGCCUGCGACUCUCCCCGCUCCGCCGCCCUCACUGAGCUGGCUGUGAAGCUUAUCGAAGACUCUCUAAACGAGACCCUCUACCUGGCGAGUGUGGCCAAGCUAGACACGAACAUGGCCGUGCAGGGCUUUAAGAUCGAGAUCCGCAUCACGGGCUUCAGCCACAAGCUGCCGACGCUCGCCGCCCGCAUCUUCCGCCACAUCAGCACGUUCCGGGCGGCGGCCGACCGCUUCAGCGCGCUCAAGGAGGAGCGGUGCCGCGCGUACCGCAACGCGCUCUUAAAGCCCCUCAAGCACUCGGCGUAUCUCCGCCUGCUGCUGCUGCGCACCCCCGCCUGGACCAUCCCGGACAAGCUAUCAGCGCUAACUGCGUGCGAGGUGGACGAUCUGAACGCCUUUCUGCAGACUCUCUUCUCCCGGACAUACAUAGAAAUGCUGAUUCACGGGAAUGCAACAGAGGAGGACGCACUAGCGCUCGCCUCAGCCGUCACAGACACCCUCCCGGUGCCCUCCCCUCCGCUGCUGGACCUCCCUUCAGAGCGCUGCCUGCAGCUGCCACGUGGCAAGUCCCUGUUGGUCGAGAGCCCCGUGGGGAACCCGGCCGAGGAGAAUUCUGCAGUCGAGGUGUACUACCAGGCCUGUCAGGACCAAGGCAGGGCGUCCAUCCGAGACCGAUCACUGGUGGAUCUACUUGAGCAGGUCAUGUCAGAGCCGCUCUUUGACACGCUGCGCACCAAGGAGCAGCUGGGGUACCGCGUGGACUGCGGCACCCGCCUCACCCACGGCGUCUUUGGCUUCUGCAUCCGCGUGCAGUCUGCUGAUUACGGCCCCGGAUUUCUGCAGCAGCGAGUUGACUCCUUCCUCAACACCUUCCGCGAUAACCUGAGCGCCCUGCCCGAAGCUGAUUUCAGGGCGCACAGGGCGGCCCUGCAGGUGCUGAAGAUGCGCAAGGACCACACACUGGGGGAUGAAACGCACCGCUACUGGGAGCAAAUCUGGGAGGGCAGUUCGCUCUUCAACUCGCGCCAACUGGAGGCUGUGGCGCUCUGCAACAUCACGCUCGCCGAGCUGUGCGCAUGGUUCGACCGCCACAUCAGCAUGACAGCUGGCGCCGACAGCGACGGGGGGGACGGCGCUGACAAGGACAGCAUUAUGGGCGAGAACGGAGAGGCCGGUGCAUUGGAGGCAGGUAACGGGGAGGCUUAUAAGGGGGAUGGGAAUGGGGAUGGUGGAGGGAAGGUGCUUGGACGGCGCGUGCUGGUGCACGUGUGGGGAGCAGGCAAGUGGAAGGAGAGGAGUGAGGUGAGCACUGGGGAGACAGGAAAAGAGGCAGCUGGAAAGGCUGGAAAGGCCAUGAAGAAUGGGAAGGGUGGGGGAUGGAGGGAAGGGCAGGUGGUUGUUGAGGUGGGGGAUAUAGAGAAGGAGAAGGCUUCUCUUGAGCUCUUUCCAGUGCUUGAACCUGUGGUGGUGACGGCAUGA